AGCAAUCCGCAGGGUCUGUGCGAAGGGACCUCCGCCCCGAACAGUUCAAUCAUAAAUCGCCUCAACGUGGAAUGCAAACUCUUCGUCGGGUGAAUUUCGCACGCGGGCAAAUGCCAGGAAGUCCUUUCGCUCAGCAAAACGUGCACGCGAUUGUUGGAUUUCUUCUUGAUGACCACGACGAGCCGCAAGAGCUGCUUGCAGUAGGCUCUGAGAGUGGGCAACUGGUCCUUGAACCAACCUUCCUCGCCCGCCUGCCUAGCUGAAUAAUAUCUCCUGGAAAAUAUAUACAAAGCAGAUUGUAUCGCCCUGUAGGAUGGGUUUAAAUUAAACAAAAACUUGCGAAUCGGAGGAAAAAAAAUUGUGCUUGGUUUAUUGCUAAUACGAAACGAGUAGUUGAGUAGACAUGAGGCCUUUAAUGAAGGAAAAUUCUGCAUUUUGUUUGCAGAAAGAAGCAUGGGAGGAUAUUAAGGAAUACAAGGAUAAUUAUAAAAAAGUGAUAAAAGAUAGGGAACAAUUCAAGGUUAACAUUAACUACCGUUCUCCACAAUUUUCCUAUCGAAAAAACUUGGUAAAUCACAUAAAAAAGGUAUGCAUAGAGAAAAAAUUGAGCCAAUGUUGCCUCCACCUUGCAGUGUAUCUCCUGGACGUUUUUAUGGGCAACAACUUGAUAUCCAGGAAAAAUUUGUAUUUGACUGCAAAUGUCUGCUUACUCAUCGCAGCGAAAUUCGAAGAAUCCAGCCACCUCGUGCCCAGAAUCGCCGAAUUAAAUAGCACGGUGAACGAUCGGUACAAUGUCGUCCAAUACAAACAAUUGGAAAUCGAUAUUUUGAAUUUUUUUGGGUUUUUCGUUAUGUUCCCGAGGGCAGCGCAUUAUGUCUAUUACUACAUACAAUUGGCCAUUUUCCAGGAGGACAUUACAAAUCGCGGCGUUUCGUUGAGAAACAUUUUUUACGAUUUACACGAACGCAUAACGAUGUACCUGGAUAUGAUCUUGGACAAUUUAGAACUUACAGAAAAUUAUCAUCCAUCUAAAUUAGCUGCGGGGAUUAUAGCUCUAAGCAGGUUAGAUAAUGGAUUGUCCUGCUGGACAGAACAACUCCAAGAUAUAACCGAUUAUGAACUAAAGGACAUCGAAACGGAAAUAUUAGCUAUAAAUCAUUGGAGCAUCUCAGAAGAUAAUUCGUUUCAUGUUCAAACCACACGCCUAACUAACUUUAUUGACUAGAUACUAUUCAGUACAACGAUUAAUUAUAAACAUACAAGAGUAAAUGUACAAGUACUCUCGAAUAAUUAAUUAAUAACACUAAUUAAUAAACUACACUCACCUGGCUCUUUCUAUAAGAUGUUUAAUGUCACCGGCCCUCAAUUCCAAUUCGUCCAAGUUCUUCACCCAUUUGGCUUGCAAGGAUUCCUUGUCUGCUUCGGAGGGAGUUUUCAAUUGUCCUCCGAGUACGCUAGCUGUGAGUACGAAUCUCAUCCAGUUACCUCUGGCCGAUUCUACGAUGAGCAAAGUGUUGCACCGGAUUUUCAGGCCCGUUUCCUCCAGCACUUCUCGCUCGCAGGCUUGCAUUAUGUUUUCCGAUUUUUCCAUGUGACCGGCUGGUAAGUACCUGGAAAAAUUGAUGUUAGCGAAAUUAACAGUCGAGUAAAGGGUGUAUUUAUUCUAACCAUUUUCCGGCACAGGACUUCUUGGCUUCUUGCAUCAUCAGAAUUUCGUCGUAUUCGUUUAUAAUAACACAUGCUACUAUGUACAUGACAGUUUCACACACUACCGGGGUGUAUUUAGGAUCUACACUGGGUUGUAUUCCCUGGGAUUCCAGCGCUUCGUUUUGUUCUUCUAAUGAGAAAUCACAUAUUUCUGCUUCGUUUCCUUGCAGUGGUAACCCGCUUAAAAUGUUUUGAAGGCUUUUUUCAAUUGAAUCCGGCAUCUUUUCUGCGGUACUCAUUUAGACGCACAUAAUUCCCAUCGGUGCCCAACUGAGAUUUAUCUUAUGUUUCACAAGUAUGUCGACGUUCGAUUAAUCUCUAUGUAGAGGCGUAAUAAGGUUCAUACUUUCGUGGAUUGCAACGCGGAGCUGUUAAACAUUCCUUUCUAAAACUUGUUGCCUUGCUAAACCUUCCCAAGAAUGUUAUUAAAUAUUUGAAAAAUGUAAAUAAAUUAUUUCACCUGUAAAUUUUUGACAGGUGUCAAGUCAAUGUCU